UAAAAAAUGAAAAAAAAUUAUCACAAAAACUUGAACUGCCGCUCCGACCACUCUAUUUCCAGAUCGGACUUUCAACAAAGAAGAACGCGCUCGCCGUCGUGAAAAUCGACCCGUUCUUCAAUUUCGGACCAUUAUUCCCGCUCGCCGUCGUGAAAACCGACCAUUAUUCUUCCCCAUCUCCGGACAAACCCACCCUUAUUCCGGCAUCGCACUUCCGUGAAAACUCACCGCCGCCUUUCUUCCUCGUCUUUCUUGUUCACGCACCUGCGGGAGCACGCGACGAUGGUGCAGUUCGGAGGGGAGACGGUGAACUCGCGGGCGUCGGGGUUCCACACGGCGACGCAGAUGGGGAGCGGGCACUUCGCCGGGGAAGGGUUCGGGAAGGCGUCUUACUUUAGGAACCUGCAGGUGGUGGAUUGGGACAACAACCUCAUCCCUCUCUUCAACCUCAAGCUGCUCGCCGACCACCCAAACUGCUACGACAACCAAGGCGGGAUCAAUAGAGUCUGGGGGAACUACUUCUACUAUGGAGGCCCUGGCAGAAACAUCAGAUGCCCUUAAUUAAUUUUUUUUCAUUUUUUAUAAUUAUAUAUUUUUUAUAAUGAUGUGUAAUUUCUAAAAAUUUAAUUUUUAUUUUUUAAUUAUUUUUUAUUUGCCACGUCACACAUUUAACGGUCAACGGUCAGAGUUGACUGCCACGUCAGUCAAAGUUAACGGAGGUUAACGGUGAGUGACCGAACUUGAACUGUUCAACUAAUUAGAGUGACUAUAAAUGGAAUAAAUUAAU